CACCAAAAUCAGCUGAUGCAAAUUUUCUCAGUGAACAAAAGGACUGUUCGUCGAACACACUGUAUUCUACAUUUGUUUCGUAAAAAUAUGGAGUAUAUCAAUAAAUUGCUUCAUCGAGCUGUUGCAAUCCCAGCAAGGACAUCGAUGUCGCCAUCACCAUUGCCAUCGCCCACGUCGCCGAGCGGUACCGACAAUUCCGUGUCGAAGAGUGCGGAGCAUGAGGUGAAAGUUCGAUUUGCUCGAGAGUUCGCUGAUGUUGGAUCGAUCACCUACACGAAUCCAGAAAGUCUAUCCUCAUCUAGCAGUUUUCAAAGUCUCAAUAGUACUUUAAGUACAAAGAGUAGCAGCGGUAUCUGUCCAGACUCUGUACCUUCGAGUCCUCAGAAUAAUUCUUACGUGAAUUCAAAUAUAUCUGGCUUGGACGAUUUGAUUACCGGUUGUGCGACAAUACAUUUAAACAGUGAAGACGAACAUUCAUUUAGUACACUUGAAAAUUCUCAGGACUUCAGUCAAGAUCAAACAUUCGCAUCUGCCACUGAUGAAUUAGCAGCUAAUGACACUAAAAAUCUCGCAACUGAGAUCUCAUUGACGGAUGAUUUUCAAAAGGCAAUUGAAAUCGUUGAAAACAAUUUAGAGACUCAUGAAUUUGUAGACUCACCGAUUAAUACUACACAAAAUAUACAGGAACGAUCUCUUUUAGGUACAGUUUGCAUCAGAGAACCUCUUCCUGUAGCAAUUGUAUCAAAUAGGAGAAAUAGUUUUAUACAAAUAGAUAUAGAAAGAUCUCCUAAAAACAAUAAUAAUUUAAAUAAUCAUCAAGCCAAUAAUAGUUUUAAUGGCGAUGAUCAAGCUUCACUGUCACAAUGUCAUAAUACAGAGGAAUCUAAUUUAAAUUCGACAUUUGUAUGUUUAUCAUCCAGUAAAGAAAUCACAGAUGUUACUAAAGAAGAAGAAUCUAGUAUAUUAAAGAAUAACUCAAGCGAAGAUCAUUCUUUGCCUGUGGAUUUUAUACCUUAUAACAUUGUAAAUUCUGUAUGCAAUUCAACUUCUGUAUUCGCGGAAUAUGGUGAAGAACCGUCAUUACCUAGUAUACCGACGUUUUCUUCCUUACUGACCAGUACAGAAUCCUCGAAAUUGAAUGUAAGCGAUACUCAAGAAGUCGAUGAUAAUGUAAAAAAUUCAUUGGCAAAUAAUUCUAAUGUAGCAAUAAAUAUAUCUUCGCACUCUGAAUUGACAAAUUCCAUUCAAAAAUUAGAAAAUAAAAAUAAUAAUUUGACAGAAUCAGAUUCACCGAAUUUUUCUAAUAAUGUUGUAAACGAUGAGCAAAUUUAUUUAAAUAAUAUUUCUUCUGUUGAAUCAAAAACGCCUGAAGUUCAGGAAAAUUUAACUAAAGAUAUUUGUCAAGAAAUUGAAAAUAACGAUAUUGUUAAAAACGUCAAUCUUUCUUCGCCAAAAGAAGAUAGCUUCAAGGUAAACGAUAUUGCUUUUCAAAAGAAAGAAGAAGGAACUAUUAUCUCAGAUGAUUGUUUUGAUAAGAAAAAUGUGAAUGAUUCGAGUCAGACAAAUGUAAUAAAUUUUUCUAUAAAAGAAGAAGAAAAUCAGGAAAUAGAAGAACACGGGUCUUCCGAAGAAAAGUUAGAUACUACUAUUAUUUUACAAGAUGUUUCUUUGACUUUAGAAACUGUAUCGGAAGUAGAACAAUAUACGGAUUUUAAACCGCAACGACAGAGCACAUCAUUAGAUACGUUUAACAUUGAGCAGCCAAAUUUCGAAGAACUGAAAUCUGCUGCUGAACAAGUCGCCAAUGAUAUUUUUCAAUCUUCAUUGGAGUGUUCAGAAGAUAACAAUCCCUUCGUUAGUGCAACAUCUGAAAUCUUUCAAGAUCCUACGAGUUUCGACUUUUUGACAAAUUACGACAACAAGAAAACUAUUAAUCGCUUCAGAACCGAUUCUUUGUAUGUAAAAUUUGAUCCAUUGGUAGCUGAUACCAGUAUGUUACCUCAAGGUAAUACACAAUCUAUAAACGAGGAACAAAACGGCAAAAGUGAAAAUAUAUCAGAAAAUAUUGAUAUAUCUAAACGUAAUCCUGCUAUAGCAGCUAUCGAUAGAUUACUUUUUUAUAGUCCUGUUUCUACAAAAAUGACACAGAAAACGAAUGAAAUUCAAGAGAAAAUAGCAAUCAAAGAAGAAUCUGUAGAAGAAUCGAAAUCCGAUACUUCACUUAUUAUCGAUAUUAAUAUGAGUAAGGAAUUAGAAUUAGUACGGACAACUGUAUUGCAAUUAGAAAAAGAAUUAGAAAAACAAAAAAAAGAAUAUGAAGCUGAAUUAGAGAAGCAAAAGAAUGACAAUUUUUCUUUUCAAGAAAAAAUUAAUAAAUUACAAGCACAAAUAGCACAAGAAAUAAAAAGUAAAUCUCAAAUGACUGUUGUAGUUGAAGAAUAUGAAAAAUCGAUUAGUCGACUACUCACGGAAAAAGAAAGGGAUCGUACGAAUUUUGAACAAGAGAAAGCAAAACUUCAAGAGGAACUACAAGUUGCAAAUGUUCAUUUAAACAAUACAGAGGCCGCUUUUAAUGAUGUUCAUCAAAAGUAUGAGAGGCUUAAAGGAGUUGUAUCCACAUGUAAAAGUAAUGAAACAUUAUUAAAAGAAAGUAUUCAGGAAAAUAUGGAAACGAUAAAAUGUUUGGAAACGCGAUACGAUCAAUUGAAGAAUCAUGCUAUGACCGAACUUGAAAAAGCUAAUUUUGAAUUAGAUGCUAUACGAAAACAACAUGAAGAUGAAACAGUGAAACUUCAUGCAAUGCUAAGGAAAGCAGAAUUAAAAAGUAAUUCAUUAGCUGAAUUGGUUGAACAGAAAACUAAAGAAAAUAAAGAAUUAACGCAAAUAUUGGAUGAAGUGAUUGCCAGGGUGGGUCAUCAAAAUGCGGAAUAAAAAGUCGAAGAUUAAACAAGCAUCGCAAAUGCGAUUAGUCUUUAUUUUUUUACUCGUCCCUUAAACGUUUUAGAUACAAUCAAUACUAAUUAUGAUUGAUGUAUAUGUACACAUGUGUUGUUUUUAAAAUUUAUUAAUUGCAAAUUAUGUUUUGUUUCAGAGAAGCACCUUUUAUUAAUUAUUUAUAAGUUGUGAAAUAUAUAUAUAUAUAUACUAUUUUAUCGCUAAUAAAAAAUAGGUAUAUUAAAAAUAACCUUUUAGUUUAUGUUUAUGCAGUAAAAAAUAUCUUGAUAUUCCAUAAACAAUUCUAACAUUCACACAUCACACAUUAAUGUUUUAUGUGAUUUGUUAUAAUACAUUUUAAUACAAUAUCUCACUAUAUUCAGAUAAAUAAAAAUCACUGAUUAUAUAUA